UUAUAAUAAUAAUGUACGAUACUUAAAUAUCUAAAGGAUUAGACUACAAGUUACAACUUACUUUUAUGAUUUCCUUAAUUAAUUAGUUAAAAUUUGAAUUAAAAAAAAUAAGAUAAUCAUUAUUUGAGAUAAAAACUCUCGAAGAAAUGCAUUGUGAUUGUAUUGGGAAAUACUUAAAAACAGUUGUAUUAUUGUUAUAGUUUAGGGAAAAUAUAAGAAAUAUUCUUAUCAAAAGGAACGAAAAAUCAUAAUAUUUUUAUAAAAAAUAAUGUCUUUUUCUGUGCGUUUUAAUGCUGAAGACGAGGAAGUGGAAGGUUUAUGUACCACACCUCAUUUAGCACAACAUGCAGGGUUAAUUGAAAAUAAUUUAAAAACUCCAGAACAACCAUCAAGUAGCACUCAUAGCUUAGGUCUCUUUGGUUUGAAACGUUCUUCUAGUUCUGAUGCAGAACAAUCUCCUUGUGAUACAACUAUCAAACGAUUAGAUAGCUAUCUAUCAGAUAUACAAGAAGAUCUCUGGAAAAACGAAAUAUUUAAUCAUAAUAAGUUAUCAAAGUUUGAAGAAAUUCAAAAAGACACCGAUCAAUUAAGUUCAGAUAUUUCUGACACUAAUUGGUAUACUAUUCGUCAUAGAGGUACAAAAGUUAUUACACAAAUAGAGCAGUUCGAAGAUGUUGAAACUGCAAAAGAUGCAUUAGAAGAUAUAAAUAUUACUACAACAAAAUCUAUACAAAGUCUUUUGGAAAUAGAUUCAGAAGCUUUCUUAACAAGAAACAGAAUACAAUUUUGUUUGUUUUUACUUUUAGGAAUAAUUACUUGUUAUUCAAGUUUCAAACUUUUACCAUUCUAUUUAAACACAUUUAUGUUAGGUGGAUUUAUUACAUUCAAAUUUAGAUAUUUAUUGGAAUUGAUGGUUAUGGAAGAGUAUCAAAACAAACAAAAUUUACAAAAUAUAAACAAUUCAACAGAUAAUGAACCUACUAUUUUAAAAACAGUACAAGCAUUAUUUCAUAUGAAUCCACAUUUGAUGCUAUACAAAGGUUGGAUGAAUCAGUUUUUGUAUGAAUACCGCCCAGAGACUUAUCGGCUUUCACUUACAAUAUCUGCAUACGUUAAACUCAAAGGAUCAAUCUUAAUUAUGUCUUAUCCAUAUUAUAAAGUUCCCAAAAGGUCUUUAUACAAUGAAAGAAAACCGAAAUUGUUGUUUGUAAAAGAAUGCAUGUAUGAUUUAACUAGGUGUAACAUAGUAUUAUUACCUCAAAAUUUAGUAAAUAAAAGAAAAUGGAGUAAAAAAUAUCCAAUAUGUAUUGAGCUACAUGCAGAUUCAUUAAUUGGUGUUCGUCGUAGUACAAAGUCUAAACGAUUUAUUAAAGAUACAGAUGAAUGGUAUAAUAAAGAUUAUAUUACUCCAUCAAAACAAGCUGAAAACUUUUACAAAGAAAUGAUUGAAGGUGAAGUCAUAGAUAUAAUGGAUGACUAUGAUUUUAAAGAUGGAAUCUUUUAUUCUGAAAAUGAUAAAAAAAGCAUUAAAACUGAAUUAGGUUCUACUAAAGAUCAAAAAAUAUGUGAGCUUGAACAAAUAACUCAUAAAAUCUCUGAAAAAAGUAUCAAUCUAGAAGAAGAAAGUGAUGUAGACGGUGUAUGGAAAACUGAUUCAGAUAAAAUAUAUUUAUUUGCUAGAAAUGACCCAGAAAAAGAACUUUGGUAUCAUCGUUUAAGCUUAGCUGUUGCUUUCAAUGCAUCAAAUGAAAUUUUUUAUAAGAAAAAAACUGAAGGGCGUUUUAAGUUGCUAAAAGCUUACUUAGCAUACAUCCAUAAUGUUCAUGAACUUUCAAAUACACCAAUAUCAGUUGAAAAAGAGAAAAUAUCUAGUUAUCAAAUAAAUGAUAUAUCACAAGAACAAUUAUUCUUAUGGCUAAAUAUGCUUCUUGGACGUAUAUGUUUUGAUUAUUUACAAAAUCCAAAAGUGCUCGAGUUGGUUACUGAUAGAUUCCAAAAAAAAUUAAAUGCCAUUAGGCUACCAAAAGUUAUGGACAUGAUAGUCAUUCGUAGUUUGUGUUUUGGCAAAGGAGAAAUUCCAACAAUAAGAUGUGCAUCUACACCUUGGGUAGAUCAUAGGGGAUUGUGGUUUGAAUUGGGAGUUGUGUAUAAUGGUACUUUUCAAGCUUCAGUUGAUACUAAACUAAAUUUAAUGAAAUUAAAAAAAGAAGAAACUCAACAACCAAAAGAAGAAAUGAGAAGUGCAUUUUAUGACUCAAAUCAAGAAGAUAGCGGUGAAACGUCAAACGAUGAAGGUCAAGCACGAGAAGAUGUGAAUUUUGCUCAAAGACUAUUUGAGCAACAAGCUUUAAAUGAACCUCCUCCUCUUCAGGGAAGCCGUAUUACAAGAUUUGUUGAAAACAUGUCAUCCAGUCUUUUUGAAUUAAAAUAUGUUAAAAGAGUUCUAGAAAAUGUAGCUAAAAAAGAACUAACACUUGUAAUUGAUGUCAAACAGUUAAUAGGAACUCUCAUUGUUAAUAUACCUCCACCACCUUCUGAUAGAAUAUGGAUUUCCUUUAAAGGAUGUCCACAAAUUAAUUUUGAAGCAAAACCGAAAGUUAAUGAUACUAAUGUUCCUCUUAUUGAUUUUUUAACAAAAUGGCUACACAAUGUACUUAUUAAAGAAUUUGAAAAGAUCAUAGUUCUUCCUAAUAUGACAGACUUUACAAUACCAAUGAUGAAUAGUGAAUGUCAAAAUUAAUUUACUCCGAUUUGUUAACAGCAAAAUUACUUAAGUAUUUUAUAAUGUGAUUAAGAAUGAUUUAUUUGUUACCAUUUAAAUAUGAACACUUUUUUUAUUGGCUGUGAUGUUAUAAUUAUGCCAAAUUAUAAUAUAUUUAUCUUUUUUAUAUUAGUAUUUAGUGACUUGCAUUAAUUCUAAAUUCAAUGUCUGAUACUGUCAAAAUGGUUUUAUAAGCUGAUAUGAGGUUAUAUCAAAAAUUGCAUGCCAUGGCCACCAAAAUCUUAAUUGCCCAAAAUUAUUUCUGCAGUUAAAUUGUUCAAAUUAUUUUUUUCUGUAUAUUUAUAAUUCCUGUUUAUAAAUAUUAUUAUUUUAUUAUUGAUCGUCUUAUAUAAUAUAUGUUUAUAAAAUGUUAAAAAUUAAAUCCUUUUUGUCUUCUAUAUGUUAUUUUUGUAAAAUAUAAUGUUUCUAUGAAUUAA